AUGGCUCAAGUCACCCUCGAUCCUGGAGCUCUCGACGAGUUGAACUCCGUCGAAACUCGCGCCUUAUUCGACACUACCGACAAGCUUUCCUCUCUUGGAAUUGGCAGGAUUGUCAACCUCCCUCAGAUAAUCGUCGUUGGAGAUCAGUCGUCUGGAAAGUCAUCUGUUCUUGAAGCCAUCUCUCAUGUCAAGUUUCCCGUCAGCUCGGGCUUGUGCACGCGUUUUGCCACGGAACUAGUUCUCCGGAACGGCAGCCAACGACGCGUCAAGGCCACCAUUCAGUUCCACAACGAUGUUAAGCCUGCGCAGGAGAUGCGAGUCGACUAUUCUGAAGGAGAGGAUAUUGGCAAAAUCGUCGCCGCCGCUAAAGAGCACAUGGGCCUCACAGAUUCCAACAGAGGAUUUUCUAAGGACGUCCUUCGUCUGGAGGUUGAAGGCCCGAAUCUGUAUCCUCUCAGCCUAGUCGAUCUGCCCGGAAUCUUCCACACUGCGACAGCGAAGCAAUCAGCGGAGGGUAGAGCAACGGUCAUGGAGCUGGUAGAAAGCUACAUGAAAAAGCAAAACAGCAUCAUCCUCGCCAUCAUAUCAGCGAGUAAUCAGCUUGCUAACCAGAGAGUCCUGGAGGAGGCCGCGAAACACGACCCCGCUAGAGAGCGUACACUUGGGGUCAUUACCAAGCCAGACCUUCUCCAUCCAGGAUCUCCCGACGAACUCGAAUAUCUUCAGGUAGUCAGAGGCCGCGAGGCGGUGCACAACCUGCAAUUGGGAUGGCAUGUGUUGCGUAACCUUCCAGACUACGCCAAAUCUGAGGCGCAUCCUGACUCUCGUGACGCAGUCGAAAAAGCGUUCUUCGAAUCCGGGGUUUGGGCUUCCGUCCCGGUAAUUCAUCGGGGCAUAUCUGCCCUUCGGAAACGUCUCAGCCAUAUUCUUCACGACCAUAUCAAGAAAAGUCUGCCUGGUGUUCUUGAAGAGAUUCAAGGGAAGCUCUCUGAGCAUGAGGCUGAGCUCGCACGCUUAGGGCAGGCCAGAUCCAGUGCCGCCGACAUGAGGGCUUAUCUCGUGGACAUCGCGGGAGGGUUCGAGAGACUUGUCCGCGAUGGUAUUCAGGGUCAUUACAAUGAUCCAUUUUUCGGCGGCUUUGAUGGUAGUGAUCGAAAGUUGCGAUCGCACUUAAGGAGUUUCAAUCGAGCUAUUCGUCACAUCCUCCUUGUGCAGGGGUCAUCGCAGAAGAUUACCACUGGCACUCCUGGUGCGGCGAGACAAAGAAGCAUUCCUCUGCAUCUUCAAGAGUUCCUCAGCAAGUAUCCAUACGAUCUUCCUAUGCCAGAACCAAUCACUUGGUCCGAGAUGGCCACUCAACUGGAGCGGCAAGCGGCCGCAAACCAGGGCACCGAGUUUCCCGGAUAUGCCAGUACGAACUUGAUCUUGCAGCUUUUUCAGAGACAGUCGAAGCCCUGGGAAGCCAUUGCCAGGGUGCAUUUGGAGAAGGUCACCGCUGUUGUGAAGGCCUUCGUGGAUGAGGUGUUUGAGCACGUCGCUGGGCCCUUGGGCACCUGCAGUACCACUUCCACUAUUCUGUCGACUUGCGUCGAUCCUUUCUUCGAUGCAAGAGAGGAAAUCCUCCAGAACAAAUUGCGGGAGCUUCUCCGACCUCUUCAGGAAGGGUAUGCGCUACCUCUUGAUGCUGACUUUCAGGAAGCUAUGGACCAUAGAACAUCCGAUCGGCUUUCAGAAGACGCGGUAGACGACUCAUACGACGGUAGCUCGAGCGCCUUGCAACAUUCGGAAGCAGAACUCCCACAUCAAUGCAAUGAGUUUGGGACCGGGCGGGCCAUCGAAACGAUGCAGACAUUCUACGACAUGGUGUUGCGCACAUUCACCGAUAACCUGAUCAACCUGGCGUUAGAGAGUUGUCUCAUACAAGAGCUUCCAGGAAUUUUGACACCGAAAUCUGUGAAUGAAAUGGAUGACACGAGGUUGGCGGAGCUCGCGGCCGAGUCAGAGGACAUUCGGGCGCGCCGCACACAGCUGCAAACCGAUAUUAAGCUGCUCAAGCAGGGCCUGGACCAGUGCCGCCGGUACAGACCCAGAGGCUUGACGGUUCAACGCAACACCCCUUCGAAGAGUAUCCAGCGAGAAACUGCUGGGGGAUUGCCCACGGUCGGUAAGCAGUAUCCUACUACUUCAAGAUGA